AUGUUGCACGUUGCACAAUCUUCUUUUGACUUUUCAACAUUUGUUUUGAUUACAAUUGCUGUGAUAUCAUCGGUACUUUCCUAUGAAGUCGGAGUCGACUAUCAUUCGUGUGGAGCUAAUUUUGUUCAAACAGCAUUUCUUACUCAAUAUCAUAAUUCAACGGUACGAGCGAUAGUGCUUACUCAAUUGCAAGGCAUGGCUAAUAAAGGUGCUCAUUUCGUUACUCUAGAUAUUUGGUUUGGUGUAGAACCUAAUACCACUAACGAUCAAUACUGGUUAGCUACAUUUCCGAUUAGUCGACAAGAACAAAUCAAUUUACAUCAGUAUGCAUUGGAUGUUGCAUCUAUACAGAGCCAAAUUGACCAGCAUCGAUUACGACUUAAUGUUGCACUUUUUUGGCUCGCAGCUGCUGAUUAUAGAGUGGGAAACUCAUCAUCAGGCUAUGGACCGGAUCAUUUAAAUGCCACUGUGUUCACGGCACGUGUUGAGAAGAUUACCGAUGAUAUUAUCGCUGCUGUAUCUAAUGUAAAACGUUCCGAUGGCGUUCUUGUUGUGGAAAGAGUCUAUCUCGAUUAUGAAGUCAUGAUUGGAGCAAAACUGAAUCAAGAUUGGUUUCUUCAAACCCACUAUCCGCGUUUUCUCCGUGUCGUAGCAGCAGCUGGUUUCACUCCGAGUCUCUACUUCUUAGUUGAUGCAAAAGAAGCUUAUAUUCUCGAUGCAUCCUACAUCGAUCCCCAAUAUCCCGCUCUGAAUGGACACCGAUGCAUGUAUUGGGUAUAUCGUUCUCUAAAAUUUCUCAACGACGUACAAUUACCACUUCCAACACGAAUCGAUUUUUCUUGUUAUAUCGAUCGAAAUAGUUCUACUUAUGCACACCUAGUAAAUCAUGUCCUAAAUGAUGCUGAUGCUGCUUUGUCAACACUCGGCGCCCCGAAAUUCUACGGAGUGGCUGAAACGUAUUACUUUGCUAAUAGUACACAACGAAGAGAAUACGGACAAGCGUUCGCUUUGGAAGCGAUGGCUAAUCCACGCCUGAAUCAUCUUCGUUUCUGGACAACGCCUGAUGCCGGUGGAAAAGGAGUUCAUAUUGGAUACCCAUUCGAAAUUGAAGAUUAUCUUCCUCCCUCAGAUAUUCGACAACUGCUAUAA